AUGUCAACGCGCUUUGUGAACUCUUCGAGCCAUGGAGCAUCUGACUCCUCUAGACCUGUUCCCCAUUAUGUCAAUGAGACGUUCCUAUGUCUGUGGAGUGAUGCAGACUAUCCACAAUUCCAUUGCGACGCCUUGAUUCUUGGCACCAAUACUCCCGCUCACCUACGUGAAGUUCAUGGAAUUAAAGGCAAAGACAGUGAUCUCUUUCCGUGCAUGUGGGAACAUUGCAAUAAGGUGGUCAAAAGGGAGAGUAUGGCGAGGCACGUCGAGGAAGUUCACAUGGGGAUUGUAUACCCGUGCGAGCAGUGUGGACACACAUUCACGCGCAAAGAUACUCUAAACAAACAUACGAAAACUCGGCAUUAA